AUGGGUGGGUAUAAGUACCGCAUUGGAACGCACAACGGCGCUUCCUCGUCCAAUCCAGAGUCCACGCAGUUGCUCAAAGUCGUCGAAAACGACGAUGGCGCCACGAUGGGGGGUGGGAGAUCUGCUUCCUCCUCGUGGAGUUCCAAAGUCGUCGCGACAUCAAUCGUCACCUUUGUCGGAGUCUCGUGCGUCAUGGCCGUGCAACAAAAGAUGGGUGCUGGAUCAUCAGUAUCAACGGUCGACGUCGUGCCUGAACCCGGAGUACCGACGACGACGACAACCUCGGGAACGAACUGGUUCGCAUCAAAGACCGCGGGCUGGACGAAAGGAAUUUUCCCGUCCUUUCGAAGAAGUGGUGACGACGGCGAGAACAACAACUUGUCCUCUUUGUUAGGCUCGGAACACUACACGCUGAAGGACGUCGCGGACUCCUUUCGACAGUUGGAAUACGAGAGAGAUAAAACGAGAGGUCAAUCGAACAGUCUCCACGUUUUCUCUUGGACGCCUCAAGCUGGAUUCGAGAUGUUUGAUUUGGGACCGUCGAAAGAGGCGGCGAUGAAGGACGCCUCCAUCGAUCGUUGGCAAAGACCCGGUUGGACGUUUGAUUUCAUCAAAAAAGGGUUACAAACCUACUUCCCGAAACGUUUCGACGGCGUGCACGACCCGAGACCGUUUCGAGUGGUCAUUUCGCACGCGGAUUACCAAACUAUUCCGUGCUCCAACCCGAACAACAACAAAAAAUGCGCCAAACUUCCCGCGCCGGUGUUCACUUUUGGGUCUGUCCCAACUCACGUCGACCGAAAGAUGGAGAAUUUGAAGCAAAUGCCGACGUUCUCCACUUUAGAGUGCUUGUGGGGCCACAUGACGGCGAAGAGCGAACCGGAGCACGGGAAGUGCAGAUGGUUCGUUCCGCAAACCAAAUACGAAGGUCACUGCGAAGAUAAAUCGAAAGAAAACUGGUCGUUUUUAGAUGCCGGGGAAGUGCAGCUUUGGGACAACGUCCCGUUCAACACGUUGACGCCGAAAGUCGUGUGGAGAGGCGCGGAUUAUCCGUUCGUUGCCGCUUUUUCGAACGACGACGCCGGACAAACCGCCGCUUUGUUCUUCAAAAGAAACGCUCGCUUGCGUUUGCAGGACAAAUCCGCCGCUAAAGUCAUCGAGACUGUUGGCGAACAAAACUUGCCGCCGAGAUUGCACGCGGCGUUGUUAUCGAAAGCCGAACCGAAUUGGAUGGACGUUAAGUUCUUGCGACCGAAAGUUAUCCCCGGAUUUGGCGAUAUCGACGAUCAGUAUAAAGGUUUGGAAACGGUCGAGCCGAUGACCAAGUGCGAAAUGGCGAGGUUCAAGUACCACAUCGAUAUCGGUGGGAACGGUGGAACCACGUGGCAAGGUACGAUCGAUAAGUUAGCCAUGCCGGGUUUGCUCUUUCAUCACGAUUCUGGGAUGAAGGAUCAUUUCCACGACGAGUUGAAACCGUGGGUGCAUUACGUUCCGGUCGCGGUGGAUUUGACCGAUUUGAAGAUUAAAUACGAGUGGGCGGAGCGCAAUCCAGAGAAAGCGGAAAAGAUUGCCAAAAAUGGUCAAGAGUGGGUGCGAAACUUCAUCAGCGAGAAAGGCAUGGAAGAACAAGUGCAGAAUUACUUUGUCCAGCCGAUGACGGACUACAUAGCUAAAUACGACGACGAUUGCGAAGUCUGCACGAAGGAGCGCAUGUCGUUCGCCCAGAAAGUGCACGCGGUGACGGAUGGUUCGAUGAGUGCGGCGAAGAUGAGUUGGUCGAAACGAAACGAGUUGCAAAAGUAA